ACUGCAUCGAGCUCAGAUCGUCACUGACCACUGAUGAGUGAGGACACAAGACCGAAGCGCGUCUAUUGAGCUUUGCUUGGAUACCAAGUUGUUGAUACUUAGGCCAUUCGUUGCUAGGCAAUUUAGCGACACGUUAUUACAGAAAAAGGUGUUUCGGAAGUGAUAGUUCAGACAGAAGAAACUUAAAUCAAGAUGCAGACUGAAUAUAUUCAAGUAAGCUCGAAGCUUACUCCUCAAGAUUGGCAUGCUGCUAAUUAUGCACAUAAUUACAGCUCGAAGAAGGAAUUAGAGCAGGCAAAGAUGCUUCGUGAUGCGACGAUGGAUUUGGUUGGGAAAGCCUGCGAAAGAGCCAGACAAAACCAGACAGAUGUUACAAAGAAGAUUGACAAGCGACUGCAUAAGGUCACCAACUGGAAAUCAGAAGUUGACAAAGAAGCGCAAGCUGUCGCCGCUGAAAUGAAGGCGUUGUCUUAUCAUAUAAAUCUUCUAGAAAACGCGUUGAACGCCACUAACAAUCCUCUGGAGAUCCCAAAGAAGUCUCUUUCCGUCAGAAGAAAACGUACGGGCAACGAUCUUGUCCGAGAUGACGUUGAGAUACAGCUGUAUACUGAGAUUGAGCUAAUUAGCAGUGUCCAAGAAGCCUUGCGAAGAACUCUCGAGCAAGCCAUGGACCAGUAUCGGGAUCUCGAGUCGUGCUUGAAGCGUCUUCACAAGGACAGCACUGACAAAGGCCAUGCAGCCAGACAAGACGAUUCAGCUUAUCUCACGAACAACUCAUCUUCACUGUUGGGCUACUACCGCCAUGCAGUCGAGUAUGACCCUAGCGCAAGCAGUCCACCAGAAUGGGAGGCCUAUUCAACAAACAACAUCACCAGGGCUCGCAACUCGAGAUCACUUUCAGAGAACCUGCGAAGAAAGAUCCAAGAUCUCCUGGCAAAGUCAAUGCAACAGCUUAAUAUACAGUUCAACUCAGUGCAGCAAUCAUUAGCAAAGCGUAUCAACGAGACGACUGCAGCCAAACGAGAUCUGGAGAAUCAAAUACGUAAGGUCAUGGGUGAAAUCGAAGCCAUGAAAGACAACAUUGAAAUGCUUGAAAAGAACCUGGCCGAUCUUCAGACACAUCUCAAAGUUAACAACACCCGGCUGGAGCAUCGUACUUAUCGACCUAAUAUUGAGCUAUGUCGUGACAAGCCCAAGCAUGGCCUUGUGUCUGAAUACCAUGCUUUGAAUGGUGACAUCAAUGCAACUAAACGCCGCAUUCAAGACUCACGCAAUGCUUUGGAGAGGCUGAACAACAGGAAAUGGGAACUUGAGCAGGAGCACAAUGUCAAAACAUUCAGUUUGUACAUCGACAAAGACCAGGUUGGCAGGCUGAGGAAGCAGUUGGACUGGCGUCCAUUUUUGCAAAGGUCGUCAAGCGCCACCAUGUCAAAUGGCCUUCCAGGAAUCCGAGACACGUUCUGUGCAGUGAAUCAUCCAACGUCGAUGCGAAGCAUCACUACACCCAACAAGCUAAGGCUCUCGACGCCUUCUUUUUCCGGUGGCCUUUAUUCCGGUGAUAUAAUGAACGGUUCAUUAAAGCAUAGUUUGGACAGUAAAAUGCUUUCACUGCAGCUAUAAACAUCGUCAAUUACUUAUCAGUAUUGACAUAAGUUAUUACCAGCAAACACAACAUUUUGAUGCACUUUUAAAACUAGUUUAUAAGAUAUACUUAUUAUUUGCAUGGCAUUGUAUCUAAUGAUAUAGUAUUAUCCUUUAUUAUUUGAAAAGCCAUAUAUUUCAGUAUCUUUAUUCUUAAAAAAAUCUCUUUAUGUUUCAGAAAGCACCUAUUGAAAUACAAGACAAAAAUAUUCAAUCAGAAAUUAAAGUCUUCUAUAAAGAAGCAUGACCAGUUGUAGCAGUAUCAUAAUAUAAUUGUAUUACGUCGUACGCUUAAUUUAUUUUGAUGAAUUCGUUAUCCACA